CAUAAACAGGGAAACAUGAGAUUGAGCAGAAAUGACCACAGUUGUUCAAGCUGUUUAGGCAAGAAUUCUCUACACAAUCACUCUGUUGAAGUGUCAUUGAUGAGAAUUGUGCAGUGACUCUUGUGUAAUUGUGCUGAUGGAUGCGUACGCCUACGAAUGUGUGUGUGUGUGUGUGUUAAAAGGGGUUGGAGUUGUAAAAGGUACUCUUAAACACAGAGCAGCAGCUCUAGAACUUCCUGUUGAGGCAAGAGUGAAACUUCAACGGACCAGUCAACAGCUUAAUUGACCAUGGAUUACCAAGGUUUCAACCAUUCUGAUGCUUCAAACUUCACUGAUUACCUUGAUUCGUUGUCAGAACUCUUUGGGGACAACUCCACAGAUAUUGUAUUUCCUGUGGACCUGCGCCCUGACAUUUUGCCAAUCCAGAUAGUGGCUCUGGUUCUCUACGCCCUUGUGGUCCUGCUCGGAGUACCUGGUAAUGCUCUGGUUUUGUGGGUGACUGGCUUCUGCAUGACCCGCUCUGUCACCUCUAUCUGGUUCCUCAACCUGGCGCUGGCGGAUCUUCUGUGCUGCCUCUCCCUGCCUCUGCUCAUGGUGCCGCUGGUGCACGACGACCACUGGCACUUUGGCCCGCUGGCCUGCACUCUAGUCAAAGGGCUCUUCUAUCUGGUGAUGUACUGUAGCGUUCUGCAGCUGGUUCUGAUCAGCGUGGAUCGUCUGAUGCUCGUCAAAAGACCCAUCUGGUGCCAGAACAACAGGCGACCCAGGCAAGCCGCAUGGGCAUGCGUGGCUGUGUGGUGCCUAGCUCUGGUGGGCAGCAUCCCACAGUUUGUCUAUGCCCGGCAGAUUGAUGUAGGGGAGCAUAAGAAAGAAUGCGUGCUGGCAUACACUCGAAAAAGUGUCUGGCCCAUUGCAUCCUUUCGCUUUACGAUGGCCUUCGUCCUCCCCUUCUUCAUCAUCGUCCUGUGUCACCUGGUGGUGUACAUCACCACCAACAAGGGAUUGUCACGUGGUCGGGUCAAAUCCAAACGAACCGUGAGGGUCAUCAUUGCCGUGGUGCUGAGCUUUUUCUUGUGUUGGCUCCCCUUGCACAUCUUGGACUUUAUCGACUUGGCCACCGCCCGGACCUCUUCCCACAGUCCAAGAAUCUACCUGGCUCAGGUGCUGGCCCUCUGCCUGGCAUAUUUCAACAGCUGCCUCAACCCUCUGAUCUAUGUGUGCAUCGGACGAAGCUUCAAAGACAGCAUGCACCGUUCGCUGCGCCACGUCCUCCACUUCGCCACCGAGGACCCAAACUCAAAGGGGACUGUUAACAAUGUCGACACCAAGAGCACCUCGAACGGAAGGGAGACGACCAAAAUCUGAUCGACUUGUUUUUACAAUCAACGGCCAGUCUUUUAUUCCUUUGGGGAGGUAUAUAAGGAGACUGCAACUUCUUUGGACCCGAACUUUAACUCAGUUUGGAAUCAAACCUGAGAUUUACCCACAUUUUUUUAUGGGUAGAUGAACUUUUGCAAAGACAGCUGUUGGGUUGCGUGACUCAUUGUUGCAAAUGAGGAUGUGUUACACAAUCUGUGAUAUUUCAGUGGUUCCUCCUCAUGCAUCUAAAAUCCAAGGUUAAAUGUUUCUACUUUGGUUUGUUGUCACCUAUUAAACUGCUGUCAGAAUA